UUUUUGCAUAGUGAUGUGUCUUUUGAUUGAGCGUUUGAUGUAGAAUUUCCUUUUCCUGCUUCAGAAAGCCAUCUGUAUAGGCCAGGAAAUGUUUUUUUUAAAAAAACCACAUGCUAAUGUACCUUACAGUGAGGCUAACAUGGGAGAAGAACGCCAAGCAAAAGAAACAAAUUAAAAUGAUCGUGGUGGGACCCAACUCUCCUUGAGGACUCUGUUGGACCUCCCAACCAUUUGUGGUGUUUGGGGACCUGCGCUACAUUUCCGGCAAUAUAGAGAUGGGCACUGGAUUUUGCCUUUUUCUCUUUGCAUGUGCAGCUUUUGUGGACCAGAUACCAGGGGCAGCACCCAGUGGGGAAGCAACCAGGCUACCCUUGGAUCUUGGCAUGAAGAGUGAUGUGGAGAAAGCCAUGAGAAUAUUUGAGAGGCACCUGAAAGAAGGAUGUGUCUCCGAAAGGAAGGAGCUGAUGAGAGCCAAAGAAAAUUUGGAGAAGACCCUGCUGCAAACCAGUCUCCUGACAGAGAAUCUCACUGUUGUGCAUGACAAUAUUCAAACAUUAAUAUUCAGGAUAAAUCUUAGUGAUUUCAGAGGACUGAAUAUCAGCAGCGACAGCUUAAUGCGCGAUACCUCAGCGAAGAACCAAACCCGACACGCCAUGCAUUUCCCCGCUGAGCUAGCAAAGAGAGCCCAGGGCACAGCUGUAAAGGAGAUGCGGCUUACCUGUAUUUACCUGAAAACAUCUUGCUUCUUCCAGGACAGAAAGGACCACUCCCUGCUGAAUGAUGACAUCUUAGGGGCCACCCUUGGGAAUAUCAGCAUUACUCAACUCAGUCAACCGGUGGAGAUCAGGUUUUGGCACAACCGCACACUGGCCAAUGCCAGCGUGGCCUGUGUUUUUUGGCUGGAAGGAACAGACGAGGGCAGCAUGGGGAGCUGGAGCCAGGAAGGCUGCACAACUAACAUCAGCUGGGAGGGCAUGGUUCUGUGCCAGUGCAACCACCUCACCUACUUUGCUGUCCUCGUGCAAAUCUCCCCAGCCACUCCGGAUGAAUCUCUGCUGGCUCCUCUGACGUUUAUCACCAAUGUAGGCUGCAGUAUCUCUGCUUUUGCAUGUCUGCUCACUAUCUUUUUCUACAUUUUAUCACGGAAAAUCCAGCAUGAUUCCACAACAAAGAUCCACAUGAACCUUCUGGGAGCCCUCUUCCUUCUCAACGUGUCCUUCCUGGGCAGCAGCUUCCCAGCAUCAGCUAGCCUUUCAUGGCUGUGCACAGCUGCAGCCGCUUUCCUCCAUUACUGUUUGCUCUGCUGCCUGACCUGGAUGGCCAUUGAAGGCUUCCACCUCUACCUGCUCAUCAUCCGAGUCUACAACUCAUACAUCAUGCGCUACCUCCUUAAACUGUGUUCUGUUGGCUGGGGGUUCCCUGGCUUAGCAGUGGCGAUCAUCUUCCUGAGCAACGGCCAAAUUUAUGGCCGUUAUGGUAUCAAAACCAGCUCUGCUCACCACAACAGUACCAUGUGUUGGAUCACUUCUCCCACAGUGCAUUACUUCAACCUGAUUUACUGCACUGGCACCAUAGUCUUCAACAUGGUUGUCUUGACCUUGGUGGUUUGGAAGCUCAGGCAGCUCCGAGCCAGUCCUCGCCAGCGGAAAGAGCAUUCCUGUAAGGACAUGGUGACAGUUCUUGGGCUGACAUGCCUCCUGGGUGCCACCUGGGCGUCGGUUUUCAUCUCCUUCGGGGUGCUCUCGGUCCUGCAGAUCUUCCUGUUCACUGUCCUCAACUCACUUCAAGGGCUUUUCAUCUGCCUCUGGUACUGCACCUUGAGGUCCCAUUCGCAGGACAACAUCUCAACAGGGGGCUCUCGUUCAUCUCGUUCGUCUCAGUGACUGCAGUAUCACAUGACUGGCAAAGCCUCAGGACAAAAGGAUGCCCAGAUUCUGGAAAUUUAUUGGGUGUUGCCUUCCAAAAGGGAAUCUUCAUAGGAGGAGGAAGGAAGGCAAGUAUAUGCAUGUGGUCUAAAUCAGGGAUUGGGAAUCUGUGGCCCUCUAGAUGUUAUUGGACUCCAACUCCCAUGAGCCUCAGCCAGCAUGGCCAAUGGUCAAGGAUGAUGGAACUUGUAGUCUGGAAACAGAGAGCCAGAGUGGUGUAGUGGUCAGUGUGCUGGACAAGGACCUGGGAGAACCAGGGUUCAAAUCUCCACUCAAUCAUGCAGCUCACUGGGUGACCUUGGGUUGAUCACUGCCCCUCAGCCUAACCUACCUCACAGGGUUGUUGUGAGGAGAAAAUGGGGAGGAGAAGUAAGUGCACGACCUUGAACUCCUUGCAGGAAAGGUGAGAUAAAUACAUAAUCAAUCGAUAAAUACCUGGAGGGUCACAGUUUCUCAACCCCUGAUCUAAAUCCUACUUAGCUGCGGGGGACACUUGUCUUGGCCCUCACCGUCAGCUGAAGAACUCAGACUCACAGCUUGGUUUCCACCAAAGAAACUUAAAUCAGAGUGGUACAAAAUCAAGGCAACAGUUGAAAGGUACAGUAGGUGUGCAAAAGGAUUAGAAAUAUGGCUAAGCACACGCUUAAGAUGUUGAUCCAGCAAGUGACAUGGCCCCUGCACCAAGUUUUUGAAGGACGGGAUGCGCACAGUCCUUAGCAUGGCAAACAGAUGGAGUCUCAAGACCAGGCAAAGCAAACAGGCAUUCCUCCAGGUGGCUUGAGCCCGUGGGGCAGAAAUGACACAUCUCUGGUUUAGUGGAUGGAGCAGCGGAGGGUCAGGUACAAAUCCAUCCACAUCCACACUGUGAGAGUAAAAGGAUGGCCAUUGCAUACAGCUGCUAUAAGACACCCAUCUGGAGGCCCCCAUCUCUGCUUCAUGACCUUUUCCCUCUUCAUCCUUCUCUGAAGGGCAAUGAACCUAUGCACAAAUGUCAUCUUUUCCAGCAACACACACUUAUUUGUUGGGGUUGACUCAUGAGUUUGUGCCAUUGCUCAGGCAAGAUGCAUCAGAGGCAUCGAAGCAUUUCAUAUCCUCAGAGCUCCUUCCUGUAAAUUUCUUACCCAAUGAAGUUAGCGUUGACCUUGUUGAAUACAUGCUCCAGUGAGCUAGCAGGAAAUGUCAAAUGGCAGAAGGACGAGAUUCUGAAGGCUGAUACUCUGCAACCUGGUAUGAUGGGGUGCUACUGAAAAAUGGUCAACACAGAAAAAACAAUGUGUUUGUUUGCUGAAUCCCAUAUUGUACUCACCACAUCAGACUUCCACCCUCCCACUUGUAGCGUGCUUCUCUCUCUCUGUCCUACCUGUAUGUAGGAUUUGCAGACAGGCAGCAUCCUUAUAUAGGACUGGAGAGGGUGGCAAGCCUGAGGCCACCUUGGGAGUUCACAGCAAAGGUGAGAUUUGAAUGAAGGAUGUCCUCAUUUGCAGCUCAGUCUGUUAGCCACUGUGUUAGAGCAGCCUUAAUUUUCCAAGUGGAUCUGACAAACCAAGUAACAUUCCACAUUGCAUGACUGUCUGUAGCUCAGAGUCAGAGCACCCACAUUGCAUGCAGAAGGUCCCAGGUUUAAUCCUGGAAUCUCUAGGCAAGGCUGCAAAGGAUCCCCAUCUGAAACCCUGGGGAGCCUUGUCUGACUCUGUAGAAGGCAGAUUCCUAUGUUCCUGUAGGUGUUUCCUGCUUGGCAGGGGGUUGGACUGGGUGGCCCUUGUGGUCUCUUCCAACUCUAUGAUUCUAUGAUUUGCCCACGAUUCCCAAAAAGUAAACUAUCUAGCUGAAGGCUGCACUGCAGAGAUUGUGUAGACAUCAACUCCUGUGUCUACUUUGAGCUGGACAGUUUUCUUAUCUCUGCUUACUUUUAUAUCCAACUUGAUUUCCUUUCAUUCCUUGUCUGCUUUAUUAAUGAUAUCAGCAAAAAUGUUCUUACUUCAUACUUCCAGUAAAGCAAAACGAUUGCUAUGUAAGCUGAUUUAAAAGGACAAACCUAUUUUAGUAACUUCUUGAAAUCUUCUUACAACUUUUGUAAUAUUCCAGUAUAUUUGAGGAAGUAACUCUCAUGCUCGCUGUGUGUCAACUACUGUAUAAAUGUUUUGUACUUUGUACAAUGUUCAGAGCACCAAUGGUACAGGUGUUCAAGGUGACUCUCCUG